GCUUUGCUUUCGAUUUGGGAUUUGGUUGCUGUUUUGUGUCCUAAAGGACCAUUGAAAAUAUUGAUGGAAACGGCACAGGAGCGGGAUGAACCAAUUCUUGCUUUGUUCGACAAAGCUCUGCCUGCCUUGCCUAUUUCAAUUUCUAUGGGUACAAUGUUCUUUUUUGGCACGCGAUGGAUAAUUACUCCAUUAAUGAAAGAAAUUGCUUUAAGAAAAUCAAUACUCUAA